AUGAAAUGUAUUAUGAAAUGUAAUAAGAAGGAAAAUUGGAAUCAUUUAUUUGAAUGUCAGGCAUAUGAGGUGGCUUGGGAAAAAAUAUUGGAGAUUACAACAAAAGAAUCUAUAAUUAUAUAUUUGAAACAAAAACAAAUCAGAGGUCAAGGUGAAGAUUUUAUUAGAAAAGUAUUACAAAACAUACUAGGAGUUACAGCAAAAUCAGAAAAAUUUCAAAAGUUUCAACAGCUGGCAUUGGAAGUGAAAGUCGAAACUUUUUUAACAACAAAAUUACAAAAAGACUUUAAGAUAUCUCUUACUGAGGCACAAACACUUAUGGCUAAUAUUUUAAUUGGAUUUAUUUUAGCAUUUAAAGAAUUAAUAUGA